CCAUUACUGAAAACAUGGCAGAGUUCAGACCUGGCCUGUGCACUGAAGCUGCUCAGCAGGGUCUCAUGCAAUGGCUGCUGAAGAGAAUCAAGGCUAAGAUGCCGUUUGAUGCUAACAAGCUGUACUGCAGUGAGAUUCUGGCCAUCUUGCUGCAGAAUAAUGACACUACCAGAGAACUACUGGGGGAAAUGGAUGGCAUUGAUGUAUUACUGCAGCAGCUCUCUGUGUUUAAACGUCACAACCCAAACACAGCCGAGGAGCAGGAGAUGAUGGAAAACCUCUUUGAUGCUCUCUGCUCCUGCCUCAUGCUGUCCUCCAACAGGGACCGCUUCCUCAAAGGAGAAGGACUCCAGCUAAUGAACCUCAUGCUCAGAGAGAAGAAAAUGUCUCGAACCAGUGCUCUGAAGGUUCUGGACCAUGCUAUGAUUGGGCCCGAGGGAGCAGAUAACUGCCAUAAAUUUGUGGAUGUCCUGGGCUUGCGGACCAUCUUUCCACUUUUUAUGAAAACCCCAAAGAAGAUGAAGAAAACCGGUACUUCAGAGAAAGAGCAUGAAGGUCAGUCAGUAAUUACAGAAUGUGGCAGUACUAACAUGAUUUCUUUACAAAGGCCGCAGCCAGCUGCAAAGCUACAGCCCUGCUGUGACCUCUUCAAACUGCAUGACCCGCUGGAUAAAAUGGCAAAGGCUACCAUUUUUUUCUCUGGGUCAUGUCGAUUUCUGUGUAUGACUGAGUCUGUAUUUCUUCUCUUAUGCAACACUCUGUUUCCUGAGACGUUAAAUAAGAGGAAAAACAAAAAAAAAAAAACUUUAAAAAGUGAGUCUCAAAAAGAGCAACGUGCCACUAAACAGGGUAUGUGAAGGUGCUUGAAAUCCUUGAA